AUGGAUGUCCCACCGGCCUCCACGUCGCCUGACGACUUCACAUUCGCUCUGGCAGAUAUACCACAAGAUCCCUUCCUCCCACAGGGCCUUCUGAAAGGCCCAGCCUUUCUCGACACACAAGCCUGUCUCUGCGCCUACAGGCAAAGCCCUAUCUCAGACAGCAACGCCGCAGCAUGGGAGUGUAUUGGGAAUCAGACGAAUGGCAUCGACGUAUACACAGGCGGAAAAUGGUUCAGACCGACGCACAGUGCGAGCAUUUCCGACGAAGACGACGAGAACCUUGGCCCAAUAUGGGACGCGUCCAAUGGGCCUGACGUGAGCGCGCCAUUGUUCUUCGAUGCUGAGGAGGACGACCUCGUCACCGUCGAUGAGUCGAGGCUGAGCCCGUAUGAUGCCGCUUGUACCGGCUUGAACCAUACGAGAUUUUCCGAGACCUUUUAUCGGGCGGUCGACCAGAGGGCAAACAACGAGACCAUGGUCGAUGCUGCACCCUGUUAUCGGGGCCCAUUUGCUGUGCCUAUGCAGAUCAUGGGCCUGGAACAGUGGCAGCAGUACGGUUGCAAAGAGGGUUUCUUAUGUCAGAACAACACAGUCAACUCACUCCCACAGUACUGCCCACCUCCUGACGUGUGCCAAAUGGCAAGAGCCGCAGGUAUGACAUGCCAGAUCGGGCAUUCGAACACCGGCAUGGGGCCGUUCGAGCCGGUAAUUUGCCAAGGCGGAUUCUAUUGUGAAAAAGGUGCCAGCGAGAAGGUGCAGUGCCCGGCGGACCACUACUGCCAGCCCGGCACGGCACAACCAACGCCCUGUGCGAUUGGGAGCGCCUGUCCUGCAGGCUCUCUAUCCCAGCGCUUCUACAUCCCACUCGCGAUACUGAUCAUCUUCGACGUGUGCCUGAUCAUCGGGAUGCUUCUUCUCAGACUUCGUAAGCGUGUCAAGAAGAACUCGGAUGUCCACGCCGCCACAGCCGGAAGCGGCAAGCCGGGCGCCGGCCUGCGGAGGAUAGUAACGGACCGAGUUGUAGGGUACAAGAGCGUCCGCGCGGAUGAUAAUGCGCCGUGGGACCCGGAGUCAUCGCCGGUCUCGGAGCCGAGUACGCCCCGGCGCGCGCUGACUGGGUUCGAGGCUGCUCUGGCGAUGGAGCAGGGCCAACGAAUCCAGGACAUGGCGGACUUGUCCCCGGAGCUGAGGUCUUUCGUCCGGUCGAUGCAGAAAGCCACCGACGCCGCCCGCCUAGGCCUGUCGUUCCAGUAUGCCGAUCUGAGUUUCCAGCCUAAGGGCAUGGCUAGACCCAUUCUGCAGAACGUCACGGGAUCCAUCGAUAGGGGCUCUUUAACUGCGGUUAUGGGUGGCUCCGGGGCGGGCAAGUCGACGUUUGUGAACGUGCUCAUGGGCAAGACUACCAAUACUGGGGGUGUUGUGAUGGUCAAUGAUACACCGAAUAAGAUGAAGAGAUUCAGGAAGCAGGUGGGAUUUGUUCCACAGGAUGACAUUGUCCUGCCAGAACUCACCGUCUAUGAGAAUAUCCUGCAUAGUGCCCGAGUCCGCCUCCCACGCACUUGGGAAGACAAGGACAUCCGGGCACACGUCGACAGCGUGAUCGACUGUCUCGAGCUGUCGCACGUCCGCGAUUCGAGGGUGGGAACGGUCGGAAAGCCACUGAUCAGUGGAGGUCAACGGAAGCGCGUGAGCAUCGGGAUGGAACUCGCGGCGGCUCCCAUGGCGAUAUUUCUCGACGAGCCGACAUCGGGCCUGGACGCAACUGCGGCGUCUUCCAUCAUGCGCACCCUGAAAGCAAUCGCCAGAAUUGGUAUAUCGGUGAUCGUGAUUAUUCAUCAGCCCCGGAUGGAGAUCUUCGAGAUGCUGGAUCAGCUAAUCCUGCUCGCGAAUGGCCAGAUCAUCUAUGAGGGCCCGGAAGACUAUGUCCAGCAGUACUUUGAGAAUUGUGGCUUCACGUUCCCGCCGCAUGCGAACUCGGGUGAUGUCGUGACCGACAUCAUCACGGGAAACGGACGUGCGUACAAGGCCCAGGGAGACAUCAGCAAGGACUGGCUGAUCUCCAACUGGAUCGGCUCCCGGCAAUACGCCCAGAUGAAAGAACGGCACGCAUCGGUCGUGAGCUCCAUCUCGUCAGCCCACGGCCGCCGGCGAUCCGUCACGCCGUCGUCGCUGAUGAGCCUGAGCAGGAACAGCCUCCCGCUCGACCACCAGUCCCUCCGGGACCCGGCCAUGCUCGAGGCGCUCAAGAAGCGAGGGGCACCGCGGCUCAAGCAGACGUGGCUGUGCCUGCGCCGGGCCAUGGUGCAGCAGUGGCGCGACAAGACAUCGUUCUGGUUCGAGAUGGCCCUCGCGUCGGUGGCGGCGGGGCUCCUGGGCCUGGCGCAGAACAGCAAGAACGGGGUUCUCUUCCGCGGCAUAUACAAGGGCGAGUUCGCGAUCCUCUCCAACGCGGUCGACCUCACGUCGGUGCCCCAGCUGGCGCUGCUCAUGGGCGUCGCCAUCGGCCUCAUCUCGGCGGCCCCCGGGGUCCGCGUGUUCAGCGAGGAGAUGCUCCUGCACCGCAGGGAGGCCGAGGCCGGGCACUCGCGGCUGGCGUACUUCCUGGCCAAGGUGCUAUGUGUCCUCCCGCGGAUGCUCGUCGCGUGCAUGCACUUCUCGACGAUCACCCUCGUCCUUGCCAAACCCGUCAUCCCGUGGGGCGUCGCGUUCGUCGCCAACCUGGGCUACUUCUGGUGCGUGUAUGGUAUGUCGGGGGUUAUCUCCAUGGUCGCGAAGAGAGAGGACGCGCCCCUCCUGGCGACCAUGGCCUCGCUGAUUCUCGGAAUACUAUGCGGGGCGGCUCCGACGCUGGCGCAGGUGUCGAAGUGGAACAUGGUGUGGCUCUGGCGUAUGUCUCCGGGCGUGUGGCUCAGCGAGCUGUACUUUGGUGAACUCGUCAGGCCGUUUGGCUACCUUUACCAGACGGACAUGGCGGCAGCCGCGAUGGGGUACAAUCUGGAUGCGACGGCGCGGAAUAUCGGUGUCCUGGUCGCUAUUGGUGUUGUGUAUCGGCUGAUAGCGUAUGCCGGGCUGUUCCUGGGCAAGAGGAUGAGGAUCUGA